GAGAGAGAGAGAGAGGGAUAGAAAGAGAGACUGAGAGAGAUGUCGGACGAGGAGCAUCACUUCGAGUCUAAGGCCGACGCUGGGGCGUCCAAGACCUACCCUCAGCAGGCUGGUACCAUUCGCAAGAACGGUUACAUCGUCAUUAAGGCUAGGCCCUGCAAGGUUGUUGAGGUUUCCACCUCCAAAACUGGCAAGCAUGGUCACGCCAAGUGUCACUUCGUGGGGAUUGAUAUCUUCACUGGAAAGAAGCUGGAAGAUAUUGUGCCUUCGUCCCACAACUGUGAUGUUCCCCAUGUUAAUCGUACUGACUAUCAACUGAUUGAUAUAUCUGAAGAUGGUUUUGUGAGUCUUUUGACUGAAAAUGGUAACACCAAGGACGAUCUUAGGCUUCCAACUGAUGAUAGUCUGCUUACCCAGAUCAAAGAUGGAUUUGGCGAUGGAAAGGAUCUUGUGGUUACGGUCAUGUCAGCAAUGGGGGAGGAGCAGAUCUGUGCCCUCAAGGACAUUGGCCCGAAAAAUUAAUUUCUAUAAUACUAUAAAGCUAUAUAGGCAAAGAGAAACUAUUUUAUCUUUCUCCAGUGAUGAGUUCUGUGGGCUGUUGUGCAACUCAUAAACUGCUAAGAUGAUCUGGGAGUGUAUGUAGUUAAAAAGAAAAAAGACUUGUUUUCAGCUCUGUAUCAACAUUACAUGGUUAUUUACAUAUUUCAUAUUUUACA